GCAAUUUAACUCUGUCACUGGCUCAUUCAAUAAAGUUAUUCAACUUCCUAUAUUUUUGGUUGUAUUGAAACAUCCUUAAAAGUUACAAGGUCAACAAAGUUUUAUUUGUCUUAUCUAACCUACAGAAGUAAACGGUUCUUGUAUUAAUCACACUCACGCUAAAUAGUCAACAAUGUUUAGUAACGUUACAUUUUUGAGUAUUGCUCGUCGGUUUUAUUCUGGGUAUACUGGGAAAACUGAAGCUAGAAAAUACGUCCUUACCAAGCACUUUCAGGGCGAACCAAAAAAAAGUGAUUUUGAAAUUGUUCAAGAGGAACUUCCCGAAUUAAAGGAUGGAGAAAUAUUAGCAGAGGCUGAAUAUCUUAGCGUAGACCCAUACAUGAGAGCUUAUAUGAUAGGAUAUAAAUUACCGACGGUUAUGAUUGGAGGACAAGUAGCGAAGAUAAUAGCCAGUCGGAAUGAUAAAUACCAGGUUGGCGGAUACGUAGUUGGUUACUUCGGAUGGCGAAGUCACACCAUUUACAACCCAAACACGCCUACUAGAGGGGACCUUAUACCCACAUAUCUUUUGCCAGAUAUAAGUCCUUACCCAGUUUCUCUGGCUCUAGGAGUACUGGGCAUGCCUGGUAACACUGCCUAUUUUGGUUUGCAAGAAAUUUGCAAGCCUAAAGCCGGAGAAACUAUCGUAAUAACUGGGGCGGCCGGCGCAGUAGGUUCUCAUGUUGGACAAAUAGCAAAGAUUUUAGGUUGUCGAGUUAUCGGAUUCGCUGGUUCCGACUCGAAAUGUGAGUAUUUAGAAAAGGAUCUGGGUUUCGACCGCGCAUUUAACUACAAGACUGUUAACAUACAAAAAGCUCUUAGGGAAGGUGCGCCAGACCGUGUCGAUUGUUAUUUUGACAAUGUUGGUGGAGAAAUCAGUACAGCAAUCAUGAAUUAUAUGAAUAGAUAUGGAAGAGUAGCUGUUUGCGGUUCUAUAUCAUCGUAUAAUGAUCCCGCUUUGCCGAAAGUGACUAUUGUACAACCUUCAAUAGUUUUUAAGGAACUAAAAGUUGAAGGAUUUAUUGUAAACCGUUGGGCAGAUCGCUGGAAUGACGGUAUUAAUGCAAAUUUGGGUUGGAUUCGGGAAGGUAAACUAAAGUAUGAAGAAAAAGUUUAUCACGGCUUUGACAAUAUGGUUGAAGCUCUAGUGGGUUUGCUGAGAGGAGAGAAUUUGGGAAAAGCUAUAGUAAAAGUCAAGUAAAGCCUUAUUUAAAUAAGAGACGAUAUUAUGAACUCGUGACUUGUACACUUUGAUACUUGUAUCUAUGAGAUCUUUUGGGUUGAAUGUUUAGCAUUAUUCAUUGGAGGCGUUGCAAAAACUUCGGAUAAAUCUUAACAUGGACGUGGUACUGUUUUUUAAAUUAAACACUUAAA